GCAAGAGGAGCUGGCGCUCUGCGGCCGCGAGGGAAGGCGCGGUGCAACCUUGCCGCCCGCUGUGCGCCUGCGCGACAACCAACAACCGGCCCUCAGCCUCCUUCCCGCGCCCGAGCCCCGAGGGCGGCGACACCUGACCCAGUCGCUCACUCCGUCCCUCCGGUCCCAGAUACGGCUCCGCGGCGGGCUGAGGCAAACACUCCCCAACUCGCGCGCCUCAGCCUGGAGCCGCGCAUCAGCAUCACUUGUUAGGAAUGCAGAUUCUUGGGCCCCUCUUGGAUCUACAGAAUUAGAAAUUCAAGCUAUGAAGUCUUACACUCUGUAUUUCAUGCUCCUGUGGAGUGCUGUUGGAAUAGCGAGGGCUGCCAAAAUCAUCAUCGUGCCGCCAAUUAUGUUUGAAAGCCAUAUGUACAUUUUCAAGACGCUGGCCACAGCAUUGCACGAGAGAGGCCACCACACAGUGUUCCUCUUCUCAGAAGGCAGAGACAUCGCCCCAUCUAAUCAUUACAGCCUCCAGCGCUACCCAGGGAUUUUCAACAGCACCACCUCAGAUGCUUUCAUGCAGUCCAAAAUGCGGAAUAUAUUCUCUGGGAGGUUGACAGCAAUCGAACUAUUUGACAUACUAGAUCAUUACACUAAGAACUGUGACAUGAUUGUUGGCAACCAGCCCCUAAUCCAGAAUCUGAAAAAAGAGAAGUUUGACCUGCUGCUGGUGGACCCAAAUGACAUGUGUGGAUUUGUGAUAGCUCAUCUCCUAGGGGUUAAAUAUGCUGUAUUUUCAACUGGCCUUUGGUAUCCUGCUGAAGCAGGGGCUCCUGCUCCAUUAGCCUACGUGCCAGAGUUUAAUUCACUCCUCACAGACCACAUGAACUUGCUGCAAAGGAUGAAAAAUACCGGCGUUUACCUUAUUUCUAGAAUAGGAGUCAGCUUUCUGGUUCUUCCCAGAUAUGAAAGAAUAAUGCAGAAGUACAACCUGGUGCCAGAGAAGUCCAUGUAUGACCUGGUCCAUGGCUCCAGCCUGUGGAUGCUGUGCACUGAUGUGGCACUCGAGUUUCCAAGACCCACUCUGCCUAAUGUCGUUUAUGUUGGAGGGAUCCUGACCAAACCAGCCAGUCCAUUGCCAGAAGACCUCCAGAGGUGGGUGGAUGGUGCUCAUGAACACGGCUUUGUCUUGGUUUCCUUUGGAGCUGGGGUCAAGUACCUCUCAGAAGACAUUGCUUACAAAUUGGCAGGAGCUCUGGGGAGAUUGCCUCAAAAAGUGAUCUGGAGGUUUUCUGGAACCAAACCAACGAAUCUAGGAAACAACACGAAACUCAUAGAGUGGUUACCGCAGAAUGACCUGCUUGGACACUCAAAUAUUAAAGCCUUUCUGAGUCAUGGAGGUCUGAACAGUAUUUUUGAAACUAUGUAUCAUGGUGUACCUGUAGUUGGAAUCCCACUCUUUGGAGAUCAUUAUGAUACUAUGACCCGGGUGCAGGCUAAAGGCAUGGGGAUAUUGCUUGAAUGGAAGACUGUUACUGAAGGGGAGUUAUAUGAAGCUCUGGUGAAAGUUAUCAGUGAUCCCAGCUACCGCCAGAGGGCUCAGAAGCUGUCAGAAAUCCACAAGGACCAGCCUGGCCACCCUGUCAACCGGACUGUCUACUGGAUAGACUACAUCCUUCGUCACAAUGGAGCCCACCACCUGCGGGCCGCUGUGCACCGGAUCUCUUUCUGUCAGUAUUUCUUACUGGAUAUUGCUUGUGUGCUCUUACUGAGUGCUGCCUUUUUUUACUUCCUCUUGUCCUGGGUAACAAAAUUUAUCUACAGAAAAAUCAGAAGUCUGUGGUCUAGAAUUAAGCAUAGCACAGUUAAUGGACAUUAUCACAGUGGAAUUCUGAAUGGCAAAUACAAAAGACCUGGCCAUAUGAAGCAUGAGAAGAAAGUGAAAUGAGCCAGAACCCCAGGUGAUAGAAACAAAUGUGUUCAGUCAUUGAAUUUUUAUUGCAAUAAUUUAGUCUAACAGCUACUAAAAAAAAAAAAAGUCAGUAAAUAAUUCUAAUACUCCCUUAUUGGAUCUUACUAAUGAAAUUCUGUGGAAUUAAGAUGGCUGUAGAAGCACAAACCUAAAAUGCAAAAAUGUACUUUAUUCAAAUACUGAUGCAGAGUUUUGGCACCAAACCUUUUAGAAGCCUUCAUUAUUUAAAUCAAUUAAGUGACCAUGUCAGACCUUAGUUUCAAAUCUUGAUGUGUGUCACAGAUAAGCAGUGUUUUUUUUUUUCUCUUGAUAAUAUUUGGGUAUGUAUGUGUGUAUGUGUUUGUCAUCUAAUUCAGAGCGUUGUAGUUUGCUGCUUGUUGUUAGGGUACAACAUUCAAGAAUGAAGUUAGGACCCAGAUGUUUUUCUCCUAGCAUUUAACAUGUGUGAACUCAGAAUACUCCAGUGAAUGAACACUUUUCCCUCAAAACUGAAUGCAGAAGAAGGAAAUGAAAGGAUAAAUGACAGAGCCUUUUGUACUUUUUAUUUAUUUUUUUCUUUUCUCAGUUCUUAGGCUAUGGACAUUUUCAGGGCAAAACAUAUAAUUAAGUAAAUGUAUAAAUUGGUUAUCACAUUUUACUUUAAUUUUCUCCCCACCAAUAAUUUUCCUCUGGAAGAAUUUUAUAGUUUUUGUGUUUUGUUUUAAUGAGUAACAUUGAGUUCAAUGCAUAACUAAGACAAAGCAACAAAACUCUGCCUUUUGUUCAAACUACUAAAGCGUAUUACUCCGAUAGCCUUUGCAAACAGAGCCGUUGCUUGAAUGUUUAUUAUGUAUUUGAAAGAUUUUCCACACUGUAAAUUUUGAGUCUUUGGGUGUUACAUUUCCACAGUUUUAACCUUAAAACACCAUCUUUUUCAUCCUUUUUAGUUGGGGGGGGCACACAAUCUAUAGUACAUAGGUGCCAACAGUUUAUUCUUUUAAAUGAAAUGUUUGGGUUUCUCUUUAGUGGUACCUGCUUUGUCUGCAGAGGCCUGAGGUCUUUGUGACAAAUCAGACCCUACAUGAUGCUCAGAAAUGACAGAAAUUGUUCUGUUGUUUGUGCAGAAGACUUUCUGUGUUCUUCCUCACUCCUGCAGCCCCAGCUCAGCAGCCUUUUUCAGCCACCAUGGCUGAGAUAGAAGAAUGACAGUAUUCAUUUUGAACAGGGAUGCAAGUCACAGCCAUCAGAAAAUCGGGUCCUCCCUGCUAAAGCAUUCACUAGGCAGCAACUGUCAGCUUAUCCCAUGUCAUUCUGUUUACUUAGCAUUUGCACUACACACAUUGAGUGCAUGCUUUAUUUAUUUGUAGAUUGAAAUCUCAUGUCUGACAGCUGAGAGUAGCGGAGUAUAUUUACUUAAGUCAUUUACUAACAUUGAAGAGUUGUGCAAAUUCUAGAAUGCUGUGAAUCCUUGUCAUACACAGUGACACAUGAUUUUAUUAUUCUCCCACCAGGAGCCAGUCUCCUAUAUGUAGAAAUAGUGUCACAAGUAGUUUUCUAAUGUACAUGCAGACAAACGCACUGCUCUCUAAAUACUUGAAGAAAUGGUUUUACACAUAGAAGCCUAUUAGUUAUACCUUUUCACAGUCUUAUCACAACUUUGCCAUUAAAGGAGAAAAACCACACAGGCAAUGAAUGGUGGGAUGGUAACAGGACUUUAGAGUGUAUGAAUGAGCUGAUUCUGCUUUUUUGGAAUUUGAUGAAGUUAACAGUAGGUACUGGCUGGAUGAGUAAAAAUCUCCACUGUGAUAAAAACUUAAUAAACAUGAUUUAAAAUAGAGAAAUGUUGUUGGAAUAAAAUUUUUAUUCAGAUUUUAUCUCAUAAUAUAUAUAGUCAUUAUAAACAUGUUUCUAAGAUAGGUUGCCCAAUUUUUGUAUGCAUAUAUGGGUGUGAAAACAAUGUUUUAAAUGUGAGAAUGUAUUUUUAUUAUUUAACAUAGGGGUUUACCUUACAAUUACAUCAACAUGGACCUUAAAAUUCUGUCUCAGAAUUAAGAAUGUUAAGAAUAGGUAUUUACUGGUCAUUGUUAUUUUGUUUCUAGGAAGCUUAUUGUUAGCCAGUUUUGGUAAGUGGAGUGAUUUUAAAAUUUUCACACUUGGGCCAGUUUCUCUAAUAAAGUUAAGUUUUCAAGAAG